AUGCCGUCCAUUGACGAGGACGAAGACCGUGACUUGGCGGGUUCCCAAGAUGGAAGCAGCGAUAACGAAAACGAAAUUGACGACAACAUGCGCGACAUUGACGACGGAGACGGCGACGGAGACGGGGAUGGAGAUGGGGACGACAAUGACAAUGACAAUGACAACGACAACGACAACGACAAUGACAAUGAGCAAGAUGGUGAUGCGGACGGAGAUCAAGACCCCGACAGCCCUUCGAAUGCAAGCCAAGCGUCAGAGGGCGCGGGUCUAGCGCAACAAGAUCAAGAUUCUGGAAACGGGGAUACCAACAUGGCGGACUCCUUCUCCAUUUACCACCCCAGUGUGCGCCCCGAGUGCUUAACAGCUCAAACCUACGAUAUCGUCCCUACCACCGCCGCACCCCAUAGCACCUCCAUCAAUGCGAUCACCUCGACAGCUGAUAUGCGCUGGGUCUUUACUGGGGGGUCAGAUGGAUACACACGGAAAUUCAACUGGGCGGAUUCGAUCAAUAGCAAGCUUAUGUUGACUGUGGCGCAAAGACACCCAUUCGUGGAUAGUGUUGUGAAAGCCGGGGUGUUGAUGACAUACUGGGAGAAUAUGGAUGGAAAUAGUUUGUCACCGGUCUACUCGCUGGCAUGCCAGAGUGAAGGCAUGUGGCUCCUCUCCGGGUUGGAGUCCGGUGCUAUUCGGCUACAGACUUUGCGUCAUGACGAAGGCAGGGAGAUUAUUCAAUUACGACAGCAUACUUCUGCAGUUUCAUGCUUAAGCUUGACGUCGGAUGAAAAAUCACUUCUCUCGGGAAGUUGGGAUAAGCGUGUAUUUGACUGGGAUCUGAACACAGGACAAGCCCGUCGUGCAUUCGGUGGAAGUGCAGCACAAAUCUCUACGGUACAAAUCCGACCGGAGUCUAGUCUACCUAUCCCACAAGAUACAGCGGAGCCUUACCUGACAAAUGGCACCUACUCGUCAAAUUAUCAGGCCAGGGACACCGACACAUUCAAUUUCAAUACCGCCACGGAGGAUGCUGGAGAUCCAGGUGCCGCUGAAAACCCGCAGGCGGGAUCACCAGCGGAUUCCCUUUUCGGUGGGGCGGACUCAUUAUUCGGCGAUGGAGAUGGGGCUGCAGAUGGAGGGGAGCCAUCUGGAGGUGUGUUUGGAGUGGACGAAGAUGACGAAUUUGGUAAGGCGAUGGUCAAUGGCCUCGCCGAUGCAGAUGCUCCUGGAGAGAUCGAUACCGACGUCCUAGAGCAAACCAACCACCAACCAGAUGCUCCUGCGGAGCAAGAUACCGAUGGUCCACCGCUAACCAAUGGGCAUAUCGACACGGAUAUGUCAGGUACAGAGGUACAUCCACUCACCAAUGGUAAUGCCAGAGCAGAAGAGCUUGAAUCGUUCCCGGAAGAUGCACCACAGACAAUGCCGUCAGAGCAACAAGGAUCCACUACGGACACUACAUUUCUGGCAGCAUCUAUGGAUGGAACAAUCCGGGUGUGGGAUAGACGCCAACCUGACCCUGUUGCUCGGAUUACUCCCCGCAAUGUUCCUCCAUGGUGUAUGAAUGCUUGCUGGUCUCCAGAUGGAAAUUAUAUUUAUGCCGGGCGACGAAACGGCACCGUCGAAGAGUAUAGCUUGCACAAAGGUCUUCGCGAAGCGGAGCGUUCUUUCAAGUUUCCUCAAGGAAGUGGUCCAGUAACGGCACUCAGGGCCAUGCCAAAUGGCCGUCAUCUAGUCUGUGCUUCCCAUGAUAUUCUCCGUCUAUAUGACUUGCAACAUGACCAGACCUCUCGACACUCAACAACUCCGUUUUUGAUUAUUCCAGGUCACCGGACCGGUACCAUCUCUCAAUUAUACCUUGAUAAUGCGUGUCGAUUUAUGAUCUCUACCAGUGGUAACCGUGGUUGGGAAGGUAACUCCACAGAAGUUCUACUUGGCUACGAGAUUGGAGUUCCCCAAUGA